AUGGCCGUUGACAAUGCAUUCGACAACGCAGUCAAGGGAGUCAGAUAUCUCGUCCAUGUCGCUUCAACGAUGGCAAUUCCUUCGGAUGACCUCGAAGCCACGCUCUUCAUCCCGACCCUCCACACAACCGUGAGCAUCCUCAAGUCCGCUUCGGAGGAGUCCUGCGUCAAGAAAGUGGUAAUCACAUCGUAG